AUGACGUCUGAUCCAUCCUACCUUGAUGCACAAUCCCAGGUCCAAGGGACUGUUCAGCGCGUAAACUUUCGACAGUGGACGAGGAAAACAGCGCAGGCCAGUAAUAUUACCGGCUGGAUCAGAAACCACGACGCAGGACAUGUCGAGGGAGAAGCUUUGGGCCAGGCGCAAGACAUGGACAAUUUCAAAGUCCACCUUCAUCGUGGCCCUAAGCGUGCCCAAGUCUCCCAGGUCAUCAUCACCGGAGAGAAAGUCGUCCAAAAUCCAGAAGACAUUGGUUGGACACUCACAGACUUUGAGGUUAGAGAAUAG